UUUUAGGCGGGUAGGAGUAUAAAUGUUGGAACUUUGGAACUGAAACCGGAAAAAAAGAACAAAAAAAUGAGCCAAAGAUUGUUUCUUUCUCUAAUCCGUCGUCCUCCAUCGCCAUCCCUCUCGUUUUACCUUAAACCCAAAACCCUAUACCCUAUUUCCACCCACCUCCUCAAUUACACCCACCUUCUUUCCCAACCCCCAAAACCCCAAAAUCAGGUCCCAGAUUCUAGACCCAUCCACUCCCUCACAUCCCUCAAACCCUUCAUUCUCUCCGAGAAAAAGCCCAUCCUCCUGGGCUGGCUCUGCAGCCUCGUCUCCGUCUACUCUCUCUCCCAAAUUGUCCCCAAAAUCGGAUAUUUAUCUGCCCAAAUCGGAAGUUUGAACCCAGCCACGUUGCAAAAUGAGGGCUUGGCUUUGGGGGUUUUGGUCCUGCCGAGGAUCGUCGGCGUCUAUUGGCAGCAGGCGUUUCUCUGGGAGGCCGCAUUGAACGCGGCGUUUCGGGUUCGGGUUCAUGUGUGGGAGAAGGUUCUGGAGAGGGACUUGGGGUUUUUCGAAGGGGCCGGGGCGAAGCAGAGUGGGGAUGUUGCUUAUAGGAUCACUGCUGAGGCCUCGGAUGUUGCGGAUACUGUGUAUGCUGUUCUCAAUACUGUGGUACCCAGUGCUCUGCAGAUAUCCGUUAUGGCGGCGAAGAUGGUGGCCAUUAGUCCUGCGUUGUCUGGGAUUUCAGCUGUGGUGAUUCCAUGUAUGGCUCUUGUCAUUGCUUAUCUCGGUGAGAAACUUCGAACAAUAUCUAACAAGGCCCAGCUCAGCACGGCUGCUCUCUCUGCUUAUCUGAAUGAGGUCCUCCCUGCAAUUCUGUUUGUGAAAGCAAGCAAUGCAGAGUUGUGGGAGAAUGCUAGGUUUAAGAAGCUUGCUCACACUGACCUCUGUGAGCGUUUGAAAAAGAAGAAAAUGAAGGCACUUAUUCCUCAGAUCAUACAGAUUAUAUAUUUUGGAGGGCUUUCUAUGCUGUGUGUUGGUCCAAUGGUGUUGUGUAGUAGCUCAAUCAAUAUCUCUGGCAUAGUUUCAUUUGUAACAUCAUUGAUUUUUCUCAUCGAUCCAAUUCAGGGUGUUGGAAAAGCAUACAAUGAGUUGAAGCAAGGUGAACCAGCUAUGGAACGGUUGUUUGACCUGACCAGGUUCAAAUCAACGAUGAUGGAGAAUCCAGAUGCUAUUGAUUUAAACCGCGCUACAGGGGAGGUGAAAUUUUGUGAUGUAUCAUUUAAAUAUGGAGAGAAUUCCCCUCAUGUUCUGAAUGGAUUGAAUCUGCAUAUUAAAGCUGGAGAGACAGUUGCUCUUGUUGGACCCUCUGGAGGAGGAAAGACAACCCUUAUAAAACUACUUCUUCAGCUUUAUGAUCCUUUGUCUGGUCAUAUACUCAUUGAUAACCAUAACAUCAAAAACAUCAGGUUGACAAGUUUGAGGAGAAACAUUGGCCUCGUUUCUCAGGAAAUAACAUUAUUUUCAGGCACUGUUGCCGAGAACAUUGGAUAUAAGGAUCUGAUGACAAAAAUUGACAUGGAAAUGGUAGAAAAUGCAGCAAGAACUGCAAAUGCGGAUGAGUUUAUCAAGAAACUUCCAGAAGGAUACAAUACUGACAUAGGACCAAGGGGCUCAACUUUGAGUGGAGGUCAGAAGCAAAGACUAGCUAUUGCAAGGGCUCUCUAUCAUAAUUCUUCAAUAUUAAUUUUGGAUGAAGCUACUUCUGCUUUAGAUAGCAGGUCUGAGAUUUUGGUGAGACAAGCUGUCGAACGCAUGAUGGAAAACCGCACGGUCCUGGUUAUUGCUCAUCGGUUGGAAACCGUUCUGAUGGCUAAACGAGUAUUCCUUUUAAAUGAUGGAAAACUUGAAGAGCUAACCCGCUCAGAUCUUUUGGGUGGUCAGCAUGUGUCAAUGGGGCUUGUGACUUGAUUGUCAUGGCGAAAAGAAGUGGGAUCAAUAUUUUGCCAUGUACAGAAAGCCAGAACAACCUUUUUGCUAUGUACAGACGGUUCUUAAUUAAUAGAAUUUGAUGAGCAGUUUUGCUAGUCAUUUGUAAGAGCAUUCCAAGGUAAGUAAAUUCCAAAAGUAAUCCAUCAACAGUCUCAA